AAUGACAAUAUCAUUCAGGUUGCUUCAAGUGCAUUAGGCUUUGGACCUCAAAUGGCUAUGCAGCUGGCUGAGCGCUUGUAUACUCAAGGUUUCAUCAGCUAUCCACGUACAGAAAGUACUUCCUACCCUUCUUCGUUUGAUUUUCAAGGCACACUUAGUGCACAAGCAAAUAGUCCAGUAUGGGGUGAUUAUGUACGAAGACUCCUUGCUGAAGGUUAUCAUAAGCCGCGGUCUGGAACAGAUGCAGGAGACCAUCCCCCUAUUACUCCAAUGCAGUCAGCAACUGAAGAUAAUCUUGGCAAAGAUGCUUGGAGACUAUACCAGUACGUCUGUCAACAUUUUCUAGGCAGUGUGUCUCCUGACUGCAAGUAUGUAAGGAAAAAGGUUAAAUUUUCAAUGGGUGGAGAAUACUUCCAUUGUGUAGGGCAUCAUGUUACAGUCCAAGGAUUUACAUCAAUUAUGCCAUGGUUAGCAAUAAAUGAGAAAAAUCUUCCUGAGUUUUCUAAAGGAGAGAAAAUAGAAGUUUCAAGGGUGGAGCUGAAGGAGGGAAAUACUGUAGCACCCGAUUAUCUCAGUGAGAGUGAGCUUAUUUCCUUGAUGGAGAAGAAUGGAAUAGGCACAGAUGCAUCAAUACCUGUGCAUAUUAACAACAUAUGUGAGCGUAACUAUGUCCAGGUUCAAGCUGGCAGGAAAUUGGUUCCUACUGCAUUAGGUAUCACGCUUGUAAGAGGCUAUCAGUGUAUUGAUCCAGAUCUUUGUUUGCCAGACAUCCGAAGUUUCAUUGAGCAACAGAUAACACUUGUUGCUAAGGGUCAGGCAGAUCAUUCUCGUGUUGUGCAGCAUGUGCUACAACAAUUUAAGGAGAAGUACAGUUACUUUGUUAAGCAGAUUGAAAACAUGGACGCACUAUUUGAAGCACAAUUCUCCCCACUUUCUGACUCAGGACGUGUUCUCAGUAAAUGCGGUAAAUGCCUGCGGUAUAUGAAGUACAUUUCUACCCAACCAUCACGGCUUUACUGUGCUACAUGUGAGGACGUUUAUAAUCUCCCUCAAAAGGGUACCAUUAAGCUCUACAAAGAGCUCACAUGUCCUUUGGAUGGCUUCGAGCUUUUGAUUUUCUCCAUGGCUGGUCCAGAAGGCAAGUCUUUCCCUCUCUGCCCAUUCUGCUACAACAAUCCUCCAUUUGAAGGUGUAGACACACUCUUUGGUACUACUAAGACCAAUAUUUCUGGCAAGUUUGGUAAAGAAGCGGGUAUGCCAUGCUUCCUCUGUCCUCACCCAACAUGUCGGCACUCUCUAAUAGCUCAAGGAGUUUGCGCUUGCCCGGAAUGCAAUGGUACUUUGGUUUUAGACCCAGUAAGUGCUCCCAAGUGGAGACUUUAUUGCAAUAUGUGCAAUUGCCUUGUCUUCCUCCCUCAAGGUGCACACCGAAUUGCCACCACUCGUGAUCAAUGUCCUGAAUGUGAUUCCACAAUAAUAGAAGUGGACUUCAAUAAGAAAACAACGCCUUUGGAUGAUGGCGCUACAUUGCAUAUUGGGUGCAUUCUUUGUGAUGAGUUGCUUCAUUCUCUCAUAGAGGUGAAACAUGGUAGAUCGUUUUUCAAACGUUUAGGUGGUAGGGGAAGAGGAAGAGGUGCAAGGCGAGGCGGAUAUAAAGGAAGAGGACGAAAUACUGGGAAGAUGGUGGAUCCUAAAAUGAGUUUUCGAGACUUUUGAAAGCGUUUAGUCUUUCACCUGUGUAUUUGAUCUUAAAUUGUUUUCAGCGUGCAGUUGAUUUUAUGAACAAAAAUUCUGAAACUAUUAACUUGUUCAGCUUUUGAAAUUAUCUCCUUGGUGGAAACUUUGUUGAUGUCAUAAACAAUUGGUGUAAACUUUAGUGAACAAAUUUAAUUUCAGCAAACGAAUUGAUUGGCCGUUGCAGCCAAUGCACUUUUUACCUUGAGGAAUAGGGAGGGAUAUUGCCAUGCUAGAAUAUGAAAUU